GAUGGUUUAUUUACUUGGGGCCGAAGAAGGUGCCGUUUGACCAUGGGGCGUCAGCAAAGUCCUGCUCCUGCUGCCGCUGUUGCUGCAGGCAGUGCAGAGCGAUUGGGGCCUCUCCAUUGCUUUGCUCUCUUUGUGAUCAUACACUACUCCUAGUCCAGAAGCAACCACCACGCCUCCCCAGUCCCCCAGUCCCCACCCCACCCCACCCACAUGAGCUCGGAAUCGGCGGCGAUGCGGAAAGAGUUGCGGCUGUGGCUCGAGCAGCGGGUCACCGGCGUGCUCGACUCCAUGGUGGAGCACCGGGACCGCCUCAACAUGCUGCGUCUGGCCGUCGGGAUGGGGAUUGGGGUGUGGGCGCCGCGCCAGGUGGACCUGCGGGUGCUGGUGGGGGCGCGGGUCACCAUCGACGAGGCGUGGGUCGCCGUCAGGGACUCCAUGGGGAGCCUGCGGGCGGCCCUCGCGCUGGCCGGCUCUCCCGACCGCCGGCUCGUCAUCUGGGUCGUCGGCAACGAGGCGCGGGACCACCUGGUGGACGCCAUCGACCGCGGGCGGGCGGUCCAGGGCCGGCUCAAGAGGGCUGACGCCCGGCUGCGCGCCAUGGCCUUCCUGUUCGCCGGCGACGCCACGCGGCCCGCCCUCCUCGCCGGCGACAUCGCCGUCGCGCGCGAGCACCUCGUCGGCGCCGUCCAGGCGUGGGACCAGAUGCCCAUGUCUCUCGAGUACGCGCUGCAGGGCCUCGCUCCGUUUCCUUUUUAGGGUGAUGGAUCCAUGACAAGCAGUCCAGUGGUGAGAAGGGAUCUUCCAAGUUCAUCAAAGAGGAUGGUUGGUUCAGUUUCCGGUUAUCUACUAGGCUACUACUUCAUUAAUUAUGCACUGAUUUUGGUCAAGUUUGGACUGGUCAGACUAAAAUACUGAUGUUAUCUUGAGUACUGUAGCUUCAUCAAUCAGGGGCAUUUAUCUUAUCUCUGUGAAAACAUGCUGCUGGUUUCAAUUAUGGCUAUGGGAGAAUGCAUGAUGGA